AAAUACCUUAAUGAAAAUUUAGAAUACGAGAAACAAAAAGAAAAGGAAAUGGUUUAUUACAGAGCCAUUGUGAUGCUUGCUGAGAAACUGGUCACAAUAAGUAAAAAAGAGAAAUUGGCCACAACAAGUCAAAAAGAGAAACCUUCGAAUUUUGAAAAGAAACUUUAUAAGGAAAUUACCAAGCACAAUAAAAAGGAAGUUAAACUUGAAGAUAUUCUUAAAAAUAUUAAGGAAGACGAGAAUAAUCUCAUUAAGUUUGCCAAUAAUUUUGAAGACAAAAUAAAAAACAAGGAUACUGCUGACGGAAUUUCAGAUGAAAUCAAGAAUAGCGAUAUAUAUAAAAAAUAUAAAACAUAUAAAACAGAAAAUGAUGAUGAAGCAAUGCAACUCGUCAAAAAAAUUCUUUACAAGGAUUGUGAUUUUAAUCUUUUUCAAAAAUUGGUAUUUAGAACAAAAAGUGAACUUUGGUUUAAGAUAGAAGAUAUAAAAUUAACUCAAAGACAUAAUCAUGAAAUCAGGCGUCUCUUAUGUGGAUUGGAACAUGAUCUCACCGACAUUAUCAUAGAAGGUGACGAAAGAAAUCAAGAGCUUAAACAUCAAAGGACAACAAACACCGGAAGUCAAGGGACAACAAACACCGGAAGUCAAGGGACAAACACCGGAAGUCAAGGGACAACAAACACCGGAAGUCAAGGGACAAACACCGGAAGUCAAGGGACAAACACCGGAAGUCAAGGGACCAACUCCGGAAGUCAAGGGACCAACUCCGGAAGUCAAGGGACAAACUCCGGAAGUCAAGGGAUAAACACCGGAAGUCAAGAACAAACAUCUGAA